AUGGAAGAGAAGCAGGACAGUUCAAGAGCUGUCAAGGAAAGACUUAAUUUUAAGAAGGUGCAAUUGAUCACCAGAGUCACGAGCUACAAAAAGAUCAGAGAAAAGGAGAACAGAACAACAAAUAUUGGAUUUGAGUUUUGUUGCCAACACUUAGAAGUCAGUCCUUCUGCGCCAUGUUGCGUGAGCCCAUCAAUAACUGAAGGAGACAAGUGGGUUCAGAAGGAAAGGAAUGGAAACUCACGAACACCUGCUGUAGAUUACGCGCAGCGCACGCUCUCCCCACGUGCCUUGGGCGGGGCUGCUGUAGGGAUCUCCCCGGGUCUCCAGCAGGUGGGGCAGGGCUCUCGCGUGAGCUCCGCUGCGCAGCUCACGCCCCAGACGGCAGCGCCGUGUGCAGCGUCUCUCUACACGCGUGCCGCCAUCUUCUUGAGAUGCGCAUCCUGCAUGGCUUUUGUGGACACAAUACCAGGGGCUGAGGGGUUGACACGGCCCUUUCGAACAAGGAACGCUGGUGUCAAGGGCUUGGUGGGAGGCUUCUGCUGCCGCACUCUAGGAGCAAGUGAAACGAGGAAGCACCAAGGAGAAAAAGGUUAG